CAAAUGUCCCAGGGAAGUUUCUCUUAGCCAAACUGCUCCCUCUCCAGAGCACAGCUCUUCAGAGACUCUGGAAAAGCAAGAAUUGGUGAAAGCAGACUGCUUGGGGGAGGGGAAAGGCUGUUGGAUUCUAGGAAUCCACACUGGCAUCCUAAACAAUACCUAAGUCAUGCACUCUAGUAAUAUCCAAGGGAGCGCUAAAUGGAAAUUACACUGGCGGGAUUCUGUAGUCACAGCAAGGCUGGAAAAGGAACUCCUGGGCGUGCUUCCACGCGAGGCAAAGCUCCCCAGUGUACGCCGUACUGCUAGAGCUCUGGGUCCCCAGUGGUUGAGGCAGCCGUGCUUCCACCUCCGCCUUCUCCACCCCCGCCCAGAUCCAGUGGCCCUUUUGCUCUAGCUCUGGCAGUGGCGGUCGCAGCUGGAGGAACGCGCAGGCGCUGAGGCCGCAGCUGGCUGGGAGGGAGGCAGCGGCUGCAGCAGCGGUGGACGGAGCAGCAGCUGGCCCGACGCGGAACGCGAGUAGCGGGCGCUAAAGCGCACGGGUCAUUAUCAUCCAAGACCUACCUAAAACCAAAGGGAAAAGUCAUGGAGAGGGUUUUCCUCACUGAAGAGAAAGCCAAUUCAGUAUUAAAGCGCUACCCAAGAGCAAAUGGUUUUCUGGAGGAGAUAAAACAGGGAAAUAUUGAACGUGAAUGCAAAGAAGAAGUUUGUAACUAUGAAGAAGCAAGAGAAGCCUUUGAGAAUGAUGUGAAGACUAAGGAAUUCUGGGACACCUACACAAAGGAACAUCAGGGAGAAAGUAGCAGAGGAAAUAACUGGUAUCCAUUUUACCUUGCAUUUCCAUUAAUCAUUGGCCUUUUUGUUAUCCUCCUCAUCAUAUUCAUAACUUGGAGAUAUCUCCUAAAAAAGAAAACUCGCAGACAGACGGUGUACAUGCGACGGGGAGCCCUGGAAGCUACUAGUGAUGGCACCAUGACUGAUGGUAGAGGUUCUCUCCCAUCCCAUCUCAGCAUCACUCAUUCCCCACAGGAAGAAAUAUUUGACAGUAGUGGGUUAUCCCCAGGAUUUCUGGGUUAUGUAGGUGGGCGCUCAGAUUCUGUCUCUACACGUCUUUCUAACUGCGAUCCACCACCCACCUAUGAAGAAGCCACUGGUCAGACAAACUUGAGAAGAAGUGAAACAGAACCUCAUUUAGAUCCACCCCCCCAGUACGAUGACAUCAUGAACUCCAGCUCAGCCAAUGCCAUUGCUAUGGUACCGGUCGUCACCACCAUCAAGUAAAGCAGAAAAGUCUUCAUUUCUCUGGUUAUUUUUAAACUACUAACAGGAGAAUUUUGUAGCACUUUAUCACUGCAUAAUCAUGCAUUUACAUAAUUUAUUGGACCCUCAAAGCAUACCGCUCCCCUUCCCCCUCCCUGUGAUAUUGUUUUCCUUCUUUUUCUUUGAAUUUGUUUCUUUUCUUCAAGAUUUAUCAGUGCUCAUUUGGCUAGUGGGGAGAUAGGAGCAGAUACCCACAGCAGUGUUCAUAUGGGAGAGCAUAUAAAUGCCAACACAGUAUAUAUGUAACUGGCUUUUAAAAAAUCCUUCUAUUUUAUUUAGUUACUUAGGAAGGGAGACUCACCAGAAGCUACAAAAUGUGACACUUAACUAUAUUUGCAGAUUAAAAACCAGCAACAUGUUGCUGAAUUUUGCAGUAGGAAAUUUGGCUGAACUCACUUUUCCUCACUAAUUUCCCAUCUAUCUUAAAUGGAAAAUGCACAUGGUAAUCCAAAUUUAGGCACUUCUGACAAAGAUAGCAAUAAGUGAUAAAGUGCUAACAACUUUUAACUAGUAAGAUAAUAAUUGGUUGUUAAUGACAUUUCAGGGUUUGUGGUCUAUUUGGUAAAGAACCAAACAGUGUUUAUGUAUUUCUAGAUGACUGGUCAUACUUAUUCAUUUCGUGCUUUCUUUUUCCUUACGCCCUGAGAUAAUGUAUCAAGUGGGUAUAGAAAUCUAUUACAGGGCAAUGAAUUGCUCAGAAAUUUGAUCUUAAUAUCCUCCUCCUUUACUGUCCAUUAACGUCAUCCCAAACUUUUAUCCCCUCCCACUCAGCUCUCCCCCACUCCCUUAGGGAUAUAAUUAAGAUUAGAAAUGCUGAAGGAGAAUUAUUUUGUUAUGGUUAUAGGUUAGGCUGAAGUCAUUGCCUCAGGAUCACAGGGAGGCAAUUUCCCACAAUGCAGAUAUUAAAAAAUUAAAGCACUGUGAUUUUUAUAUUGGUUUUCUAUUGAUGGAAAAAGAUUACAAAAUCUGUGUAGUGCCAGGGGCAAAUUGGAAUCCAAUAACAGCCUCAUCUAGGUCUUUUGAUUGUCACUGUUUUCUUUUCAUGUUGUUAUGUUUUUUUGGAGGUGCUACAGGUAUAACUCUAUAAAAUGGAGGGAGUUGAUGUGCUCCCCCAGGUAGAAUGUUUUAGAAAGGAAUACAAACUUUCUGUAUUGGCAGCUAUGCUGUUCCUUCAGUUCUAAGUGUGAGUUUCUGUGUUGCACUGAUAUAAAAUUGAUCAGCUCUGUCCACCUGAAUAGUUGAAGGCAGCCCCACAUCCACGCUGUCCACCCCUUCUCCACACCAUCAUUAAUGCCAGCCCUCUACAGUGUCAAAGAGAAUGGUUUCCUGGAUAAAAAAAAUAAAUGCCUAUUUGGCGUGCACCUAGACAAGAAAGAUGAUGACCAUGAACCAAGUAAAUUGUGCAUUUGUGAGGGGUUCUAGAAACAAUAAUCCACUGCCUGGGAUCUAGGAAUCAUUUAUUCUCAGCACUUUCACACAGAGUCAAACAAACUUCCCUUGACCUUACCACCACCAUUGCAUUUCAUUCAGCCUUGGUUCCACACAAUCAUCUGCCGUUUCUUACUGUGCUGACAUCUGGCUUGCUUGCUCAGCAAAGACUGGCUGCCCAAAAGCCUAGAGGAAAAUGUUAUAAAUGACUUUAAAUUCAGAAGAUACAAAACAGCUCAAUGACAGACCAUUGCCUGGGCACUGAGGCCAUUAUUUUCUCGAGUUUCAUGAACAUGGCUAUAAAUAAACAAUACAUAAAGUUGCCUUCUCUACAGAAUGAGCAAGUGAGACUAGAUGGCCUCCAAGAUCCUUUCCAUUCCUUAAUCUAUAUCCAGUGUUCCUUCAGUCUUUGGCAUUUUUAAAACACUAGAAUUUCAGUAAAUAGAAGGGAACUGAAGGACAAGAGCUUGGUAUACCACAAAUAAAUCGAGGCCUGAAUGAUAUUUAUUUACAAUUUUAAACUCCUGGCUUGAUUUUACUGCUGCUUUUUAUGGAUAUCCAAACUGCAAUACAGAAUGGAUGUUGGCCUUUUGAAAGAAAGGCCAAAUCUUUAAUUAUAUCAAUCAGUGACAACAGCUGUCCAUCAGAGAAAACCCCAUACACAACUGAUAAAAGGCUUGAGCCAGAAAUGUCUGUGAAAGAGGCCAUAAGGGGAAAAAUGCCACCUGUUUUGUUUUGUUUAAAAACGCAUUGAGGAUUUGGUAUUUCCACCCUCAUCCAGAAAUGAAAAUCCAGUUUUAUAGACUCAAUUUCUUAACAUUUGCAGAAGUCAAGGGGCUCAUUCAAUGUAGCAAUAUAUUUUUUAUGUUUAUGCCUUUCCAAUCUGAUUGAUAAUGCAUUUGCCUUCAAUGGUUUUUAAUAAAGGUUUAUUUUUGCAGACUAUAUUUACUACCUUUCUUAAACUAACUAAAUUGAAUCAUUUUUGCAUUGAAUAACCGAAGUAGAAUUUACAGCCUUAGCCCUGGAUGUUUUACAAGCUUCCCCCUUGCUGUGAUGACUAUGCUUGUGGACCUCUAAGACAAGCAACCUUGCCUUCUUUGAAUGUAAAAAUGAGUUGCAUCUUAUGCAAACCGUAAAGUGAUUUUCUGGUGACCCAUGUGGAUAAGAGGCAUGGUUGUUGUUCAUUCAGUGGCUGAAUGAUUACUUCAAGAUUGAUUCCCUGAUUGAUACCUAUGGAGGUCAUUCUAACUUGGUUUUGUGUAAAUAACAUGUGUUUGAUUACAAGAUUAAAUAUUUGAAGACAUUUGGUUUACAUUAAAUUAUGAUAUUUAAACAUUUUGUUUAUGUUCAUAAUAGAUGAGGUUUUUCUUUGUCUCUGUGAUUUUUGGUAUGCUAAAUAAAGCUAUUUUUAAAACCAAGACAUUCUUUAUGCCAAGUAUCAAAGCUCUCACAUUAUUCUAGCCAAUAAAAAAUAAUACUGUAUAAAA